AAUUACAUCGAACAUGAAUAGCAAGGUUAACUUCUGGUGUAGAUUGGACUGUGCGUGCAGCGUGAGCGGUUGGGCGGCAAGCUUUCAGUCCCCCUCCAUAUUGGCGGGCGGGCGGCAAACGGCGCGCGCGCACCACGCAGUCCCAGCGCGACGCACACCGCGACACCAUGCUUCCUCUGUGGACGAUACUCGUGCUGCUCCCAGUACUCGGGGGAGCAGAAAGAUUCAACUGCAGGAGUCGAAUCCUCGGCGCGUACUACGCCGACGCGAAGUCGGGCUGCAAGGCAUUCCACGUUUGCGUCCGAGUCGCGGGCGGCGGCAUUCGAGACUUCCGGUUCUUCUGCCCGCCUGGCACGUUGUUCCACCAAGAGGCGCAGACUUGCACCGACUGGGGUGACGACGACCCGCUCGCCUGCCCCGCUGACAUCUACGACGGUUUUGACACCAAGAAACUGUCGUCUCCCAGUCAUCGCGAGGAAGAGUCGGAAUUCGGCCUCCAACGCGCAGAGACCGGAGAUCGUCGUUUGUCUCAAAACAAUGUGGCUUCCGACCUCCGCGCUGCGCACUCGUCGGACUUCUUCAGUGGCCAGAGGGACCGAGGUCGCGAUGAGCCCGCAACGCAGGAAAACGCCCCUAUUCAGCAUCCUCGAUCAUCGUCGUCACGCCAAUCGUUCCGAAGAGUUGUUUCGACGCGAGCACCUCCAAGGGCUCCAACCACACAAUAUACCGACCCACCCUCUCCCCCCUCUCCGCAACCUUCAAACCCACCACCUCAGUACGACUAUAACACAAAGCGCAAGCUCCUUAGGAAAAGACCAGUUUAUACCACCACUCUUGCACCAACCACAACUUAUGUACAAAACACUCAACCCCCGCAAAAGUUCCCAGAUCAACAGCAGAACUUCAAUCGUAAAGUGGUUCUCCAAAAUACACAAACUCUACCUCCGGUCAACGUACCGCCACAGUUCAAAGAGUACAAAGAUGAAUACGUAGAAGUGAGUCGCGUUACUCCUAAGCCCAACAAGUACUUCCAGAGCAACUCGCCAGCCGCACCUUUCUCUCAAUCUUCACCUGCGCCCAACAAUUACAAGAAAAAUGGUCUUGUAGAGCUUUACAAUUUAGACUCUCAAUCGACGCCUGGACUUAAUACGCAAGCAGACACACGACCUUUCAAAGUGCAAAAUAGCUUUAAUGUUGCCGAGAUUCCGAGAGAACCUGAUUUUGUACGUACAAGACCCAGUGUCAACAUAAAUAAUAAUAACAAUAAUUUUGCAAGAGUCAAACCUACAAGUGUGGACUACAAUAAAGUACUAUCUUACAGUUCAACUACUAGUACCCCGGCUUACAAAAACUUUAACAGCGUUUCUUACGAACCGGAAAAAAAUAAUUUCGUAUCAUAUUCGAAACAAAAUUAUUUCAAUCCUACGACAACGCCUUCGACAACAUUUUAUACGACCACAACGCGCUCUGAGCUACCUGCAAACUUAAAUACGGUGGCAUAUAAUACAAAUAUUGGUUUCAAUACUCCAAAUGCCAACUUCGCCGAAAGCGAUGAGGACGAUGGCCAGUACAAGCCACCACAGGGAGAGGAUGACGGACAAUACCGACCAGAACUGUACGAACGCGAACGCGAACUUCUUUCCGGAGCGCACUCUCUGAACAUAGCUGCUAGUGGAAACCGUCUGCCCGAAGACCAGAAGCCCCGCGGUAAAGCGCAACAACCAUACAAACCGGUAUCGCAGACUGCAGCUCCUAGGCCUUUCAGACCAGCACCGACGCCUACAUCACCGUCCACACAGCGUGCGCCUGACAGAACGUAUCCGACCACAACCAGACCUCAAGCGCAACAACAAACACAGCGCGCCUUCGACUACUUCCAGACCUACACAACAACGUCGCGACCAAGUGAUUUACCUGUAGAUCCGUUCAGUUACGAGACAAGAGCACCAGUGAGGCCAACAACUACGCCUGCUUCUAGAAUUCCUGAGCCUAAACCGCAGUCUCGAGCCCCACCUGCGCCCCAAACUCGACCACCAACCCCACCUUCACUACAAACCCGACCGCCAGCGCCUCCCGCACCGCAAACCCGACCGCCAGCGCCACCCGCACCGCAAACCCGACCGCCAGCGCCACCCGCAUCGCACACCCGACCGCCAGCGUCACCCGCACCACAAACCCGACCGCCAGCGCCACCCACACCACAAACCCGACCGCCUGCCCCCCCUGCGCCACCAACACUAGCUCCCGCGCACCCUCGACCUUCCACCCGCCCGCCUUCCUUCGCAAAUCCACCAAACAACAAGGAAGACGCAAGCUAUGAUUACGCGUACUACGACUCCGAUACAGGCUUCUCAGAAUACGAUCAUAUAGAAGAAUUCGGUAGGACCAAAAAGAAGGCAUGAUGAACAAACAAUAUGCCUUUAUCAAAUUCACUGCCAUUAAAUUAGUCGCCUCUUUAGAUAAUUUUUAAAUCUUUCUUAAAAAUAAAAAGUACAAUGUCACGAAUUGAAUACUCAUAAAAUAUUGUUUAUAUGAAAGUUAAUAUUUGAUGUUGUAAUGUUUCUCAAAAAAACUAAUGUUUUGCGUUGUUGUGUUAUCUUAACAAGAUAACCUUUGUAAAUGGUUACCAAGUAAAUUCACUAUCUGAAGAGGCUUUUCCAGUAGUUACCCUAAAUUAUUUGUGAUAUUAUUAUUGACGUAUUAUUGGAAUAAGUCGUUACAUGUUGUCUUAGUUCACGAAAGGUAAAAGGUAAAGAUGACCACCAUUAUGAAUUAUUGUUAUACCGAUCGACUUUUUUUAUCCUUUUGUGGUAUUUGUAAGUGCAGACCGAAUGAAGUAUUUAAAACAAAUCAUACCGAGCUCGACAACAGCUUUAUUUCGCUCUUACAAUUUAGUUUUAUUUCUUAUCUAUAUGCAAUAGUGUAAGUUAUGAGGAUAGAUUGUAAAAUAUUACACUGUAAAUAAAGAUUAUAAAAAAAACAA